ACUCCAGCCCAGUCGGUGGCGGUAAUACAUCGGUAGGCGGGUUUUCCCAUUUUCAACAAACACCAACGAGGAAGACAUGUUGACGGCGAAGAGUUAGCUCUCUGGCAGCGGAGGGCCGAGGUGCGUUCGUCAGGCAGAACCUCAAGAGGAACUCAGAGUACACGAGAAGCUUUAUGUGUUUCAACACGAAACACCAACAUGUCCUCAGCUUUGUAUGUCGGCCUUCUCCUUGUUUGCCUUCAAAAAAGUGUUGAAAUUGACUGUAUUGCUGUAGCAACUUUGGCAGCAGUUGGACCAGAGCUGGCCCCGCCACGGGACCUGAUCAUGAUCACUUUGAACACCAAUUACGCAUUAAGCUGGGACUGGGACCAGAAUCACACAGAGAGUCAUGCUGUCACCUUUACCACACAAUAUGUUGGGAAGUAUAAGCUGGAGUCCCAGAAGACGAGUCCAAACUGGUCCCCGGCAUGUGAGGCAAAGUCACGCAGGUCAUGUGAUCUUACAAUGCGCGGCCUGCACUACCUGGGCAUUUAUGUGCUUCGUGUUCGAGCCAAUGCAAAUGGGCAUCACUCCAAAUGGGUGCAAUUGGAAUUCUGCCCUGAUAAAAAUGCUGCUCUGGGCCCUCCUGCCAAAGUGGACCUUGCACCUGCUGGAAGUGACCUCGAUGUUUUCAUCUCUGAACCAUUGACAAGCAUCAACACCUCCAUGAAGGAACAUCUUUCAGAAAUGUACUACCACAUCCUCUACUGGGAACAUCCUGAAGACUCAAAGGCCUUAAGAACCCAGACGUUAAGCAGCGAGGCCAAACUGGUGACUUUGCCAGGCCUAAAGGCUUGGACGUUGUACUGUGUGAGCAUCCAGUCAUGCAACGACUUCUACAACAAGAGCAGUAGCUUCACUUCGCCCCAGUGUAUGCAAACUGAAGGUAAUACUCCAUGGUGGCAGAUCAUCCUGUACUUCGUGGGCUCUCUGGUGAUCUUCUUCCUUGUCAUGCUGUUCAUACUCUACGGCCCCUUUUGGUGCUACAAAACACUCAAGGCAACGUUGUACCCCUCCAACCAGUUGCCUCCACAUUUCAAGGAAUAUAUCUAUGACUCUCCUGGUUCUGACAUUCCUCGCCUCCUCACUCCGGGUUCAGAAUCAGAGCUGCUGUGUGAUAAUGUGAUCAUUUGUGCUGAGCCAACAGCCCUGGAAAUCCACAUAUUUCGUCCUGAUGGCAUGGCAGCUCCUCCAUCAGACCUGAAGUCAGAUACCAGUGGAAGACACAGUCGUCAGGGCAGCAGCAGCAGCAGUGGAGACUCUGGAGUUUAUUCUACUGGGGGAACCUCCAACCUGUCACAGCUCAACAGCAGUCAAACCUGCACAGGAACUGAAGACCUGGAGCAGGUAAAGAUGCAGGAAAUGACUCCAGGGCUCGAGACACAACUUCUGAUAGCAGAUGAGGGCAUUGUAGACAUGUGUGUCUGAACAUAUGCAUUGAAAAAUAUAUUUGUUUCGAAGAAACAUAAAGCAAGGAUGAUGUUAAGGAAACUGGAGGUUUGUGGAUAAUGACAGUGUGGCUUUUUGUUCCUGUAAAAACAAUUUCUAGAAAAAACAAGGUCACGAAUGACUCACACAAGGAAGAAAACUGUUGACCUAUCAUUCACCAUCUCACUUUCCAAGAAGGAAGUGUGUUGUUAAACUAAAAAGAAACUACUUCAGUGUUUGUGUAGCUCUCUUUAAAAUUGCGUUUGAAGAUCCAGUUCCUUCAGUGACCUAAAUUUGGCACCAACCAGGAGUACUGUUAGUGCUCAUCUUCAGCAGCCAAUGUCUUAAUCCUGAUUUUAUUCUGUGAGGGGUUGACAUGUCGCUGAAAUAUGACUGUCUGAGGGAUUUAGUGUAUAUUUGUUUCAGUCUGCAUUAAUAAUGUUUUUGAGUGUAAAAUCAAAUCAUGCUCCCUCCAAACAUUGAGUUUCUACAUGUAUCCAUGUAAAUAUAUUGUAUGCCUGGGCAGUGCUGGUCAUUGUCACUACUGACACAAUGAUAUUUAAAAUGGUUCGGUUGUUAAACAUUUUGAUAAAAUGUCUCGUAAUCAAGGUAGUUAUCAGUCCAUCCAUAAAAGAUCCUCUUAAUAGUUAUGUUUGUUUCUAAAACAAUUAGUUAAAGAUAAUUAGGUUUUAUUUGGUGUGCUUGUGAUGUGGAUCUGAGAAAAGCUUAAACACAAUUUAAUUACAUUUAUGAUUCUAAUAGGAUCUUGGUGCCAUUUCAGUUUCGCUUGUUCUGAAAAGAGAUUUUUUUUGUCAUAUUUGCAUAUAACUUGAAUAAAAUAUUAUUUCUACUUCUGCUGUUUUCAUGUUUUGUGUGUAUUUUUUAGGUUUUUAUGGAGAAACCUGGUUCAGUUAGUUAUAAAUGUUACCUUACUUGUUUUUCCAUAUCACUUAAUCCAUGACUUUACAUUCAACUAAGAUCAAAAGAACCUGAGCAAUUUUUUUGUGAAAUAGGUUCAUCGUUGUUGCUGAAUUUCCUCUGCAUUGUCUGAACAUAUUUUCUUUGUUGAUAUUGUGUCUAAGCCUCUUGUGAAGCUGUGAAUCUACAGCAGCCAUGUUAAUGGACAAUCAAAGAUAAUGAAAUAAAACACCCCAAAGCGAAA